AUGCCCCGGGGAAGCCGCAGCGUGGCUGCCCGGCCAGCUAGCCGUCCAGCGGCACCUGCCGCCCGCCCGCCCGCACCUGCACAGCCCUCGGCUCCGGCCCCGGCCCCCGUGGCUUCAGGACAGCCAGGUCUCAUGGCCCAGAUGGCGUCCACUGCCGCCGGGGUGGCCGUGGGCUCGGCCGUGGGACACGUGGUGGGCAGUGCCCUGACCGGAGCCUUCAGCGGGGGAAGCUCGGAGCCUCCUGCGCAGCCUACCACCCAGCAGGUCCCCACACGUGGCACUCCACAGCCCCAACAGCUGGGGCCUUGUGCCUAUGAGAUCAGGCAGUUCCUGGACUGCUCAACCACCCAGAGUGACCUGACCUUGUGUGAGGGAUUCAGCGAGGCCCUGAAGCAGUGCAAAUACAACCAUGGUCUAAGUGCCCUCCCCUGA